AUGAUAAGACGUACCACACAAAUAUGCUUUAAGAGAUCAUUCUUUGGCAAUUCAAAACCUCAAACUUAUAGCAUAAGUAAAAAACUUAAUGGAAAUUCCAAUCAACUUUAUAAAAUAGUUAGUGAUGUUAGUAAUUAUAAAAAUUUUGUUCCAUUUGUUGAAGAUUCAUUUAUUUCUAAAAGAGAUUCAAGAAAACAACCAUCAAAAGCUGGUUUAAAAAUUGGAUGGAAAGAUAUUACAGAACAAUUUGAAUGUAAAUUAGAUUGUAUUGAAAAUGAAAAAGUUAUUGCAAGAAGUAUUGAAUUAGAUUUAUUUCAUGAAUUAGAAACUGAAUGGAAUUUUAAAGAUACUUCAUCCGGUGAUUGUCAAGUUAAUUUUACUUUAUUAUAUAAAUUUAAAAAUCCAAUUUAUGAUCAAUUAAGUUAUUUAUUUGCUCCUCAAGUAACAACUAUUAUGAUAAAUGCAUUUGAACAACAAUUAAAACAAGAACGAAUAUCAUCAAAACUAUAA